AGUGGGUUACAGAGACUACCCCUCCCCCCCCCCCCAACCCACAAACACUCGCCUGCAGCUGAAGAAAAGUGCGACAAAGGCUCCAUUCGAAAACGGCGCUGUCCUGUGCGUAGUCGUCAUGCUCCGACGCAGCUGCUGGCUUUGGAGACGUCGUGCUGCCGGUAUUGUGGGCUUGCCCAACGUGGGGAAGUCGACCCUCUUCAACGCACUCACCUGCAGUCAACUCGCCAAGACCGGCAACUUCCCCUUCUGCACCAUCGACGCAAACACGUCAAAGGUCCCCGUCAUCGACCCACGUCUGCGGCAACUCGCCCAAUUCACGGGAGCGGCGAAGAUCGUGGACGUCGAGGUGGACCUAACCGAUGUGGCGGGUCUGAUCGCUGGCGCAUCGAAAGGGGCCGGGCUCGGCAAUAAAUUUCUUAAUGACAUCCGCACCUGCACCGUCAUUCUGCACACUGUACGCUGCUUUGAAAGCGCCAAGGAGGGCUUCGACACGCCGCACCCAAUCGACGACAUUCACGUCAUUGUGAGCGAGCUGGUGCUGUCGGACCUGGAGGUGGUGGAGAGGAAGGUUCACAGGGUGCACAAGACAAAGAAACCGAACGACGCAGAGUACAACUUUCUGAAGCGGCUGCAGCAGUGGCUGGAGGACGGGACUGCUGCUGCGGAAAUGCCGAGGAAGGCGAAGCUGUCUGCUGCCGAGCUAACAUUUCUGCAGAGCUACGACUUGCUCUCGAACAAGCCCAUGAUGUUUGUGCUGAACGUCGAUGAGCACUCGGUGAAGGAAGGCAACGCUUUCUCACGCGAGGUGGAGGCGGCGUUUGGGCCGCAGCGCACCUGCCGUGUGUCCGCGGCGGUCGAGGAGCAGACCGCGCAACUUCCUUCACGAGAGGAGCGGCUGAUGUUUCUGGAAGAGUACGGCAUCGAUGUCCCGCGAGGGGAGGUCUUGAUGCAGCAAGUGUACGACCUGCUGAAGCUGCAGUCCUUCUUCACGGUGGGGCCCAAGAUGGCGCAUGGUUGGACGGUGACGCGGGGGUCCACAGCGCGGCACGCGGCAGGCGAAAUCCACUCUGACUUUGAAAAGAACUUUCUGCGAGCGAAGGUGAUGGCGUGGAGUGAGCUCAUCCAAAAGCCGAACCUGGAGUCGGCGGAGAUGCAGAUGCGCACGGUGGACGAGGCGUACGAGAUGAAGGAUGGUGACGUCAUGAUUGUAGAACACAACACAUCGCGUGGCUGA